AUGAAAAAAGAUGAUGAAAAUAUUUCAAAUCCAUUUUGUUCAAAUCUAUUAACAAUACUUUCUGGUUCAGCAUCAGGAUUAGCAUCGAUUGGUCUUCAAAAUCUUGUUAAACGAUAUACAAAUAUUUCUCUUCCUGAUGAUGAUAAAUUAGCAUGGCAAAUUAUCGAACCACAUUUUUCUCAAGGGCCACCUCGUAUUCGACUUGAAACAGUUUUUGAUAUAAUUCAACAAUAUAUCGAUCCGAAUUUAUCUUUAUUAGACGUACUUAUGACGGAUACACCAACAAUUGAUCGAUCUCAUUAUAUACUUGCUAUGUUAGCGAUUAAAUGUACAGUAAUAACAACAAAUUAUGAUCAUUUAAUUGAAGAUGCUGGACGUUUUCAUUUAGGAAAUGAUUCAAAUAUAAUACCAUUUAAUGUAUUUUGUACAGAAGAACAUUUUAAAAAAGGUUAUGAUCUAAUUAAUACUAGUAUAUCACCAAAUUUAAUAGGUUUAUGGAAAAUUCAUGGAACUGUUGCAAUAUGGAAAAAUCAACAACGAGUACUUGUACGUGCAGAUGAAGAUGGUGGUCCUAUAGCAACUCUUAAAAGACUUUCAUUAACACGAGAAUCUAUUGAACGUCGUCGAUUUUUACAUUAUCUAUUAGAAACACGACCAUUUAUAAUUAUUAAUUAUUCAGCUACUGAUGAUUUUGAUGUUACACGUUGGUUAAAAACUGUAAAAGUACCAUUAAAUGUUCUUUGGAUUCAACAUAUUGAUAAUUUAUUAGAACCUAUUAUUUGGAAUGGAAUAGAUAUAGCAAAUGGUAUACCAAACAAUAUCACUUCAUUUGAUCGUGGUCUAAUUGCAAUGGCUUGUACUUGGCAUGAACGUGGUAUUGCUGAUCGUUUAAUAGUUGUAACAACAUCUGAUUCAAUUGGUUUUCUAAUCGAAAUUACACAUUUAAAUACUUAUACUGAAAAAUAUCAUAUGGAUAAAACUGAUUCAAAUGAAGAAUAUCCAUUAUCAUUACCAACUAGAUGGCAAUGUUAUAUAGUUAGUGGUGCAAUGCUUUCUCAUUUAUCCUAUUUUUCUGAAGCUAAACGUUAUUUUGAUUAUGCAACUCAUAUAUCUAUUGAAGGUACACGUGAAUAUUGUAUAGCUAGAUUAGCAGCUGCUGAAGCAUCAAUUGAAAUAGGUGAUAGAAUUGGACGUAUUCAAGCAAUGAAUGAUGCUGUUGAUACAGCUGAAACAGCACCAUUAUCAUUAAGUUCAUGGUCAAAGACAAAAUCAAAAUAUAUAAGUGCAAAAGUAAAACGAUUUGUUGAAAAAGAUGGACAAGCUAUAGCUAUUAAAGAAUUACAAGAAUUAUUAAAUCAAUGUGGAAAACCAGAAGAUAAUCGUUCAGGACAAGAACGAAAUGUUGCACUUGAAGCAGCUAUUUUAUUAGCACAAUUAAGACGUUAUUUACCAUCAAGUCCUGAACCAUCUGAUAUAGCUAAAUUAUGGAUUGACUCAAUACCACAUAUUGGUUUAUUGCAUACAAAAGGAAUGAAUCUUCAUGAAUCAGCAUUAAAUAAAUAUCAAUUAGCAACAAAUAUCGAAGAAAUUGAUGAUGCUAUUAAUGUAAUGAAAGAAGCUAUUGAAAUUCGUGAAAAACUUGGACAUAUGAGAGGACUUGUUGCUAGUUUAAAUGUACUUGGUUCAAUGCAAAUGAGACGUUCAGAUUGGAAUAUAUCAUUUGAUAUGACAUAUAUCAAAUAUGCUGUAGAACAAUUUCGUCGUUCAAUUGAAUAUUCUGAUAAACAUGCAUCUAUAUUUGAUCAAUUUCAAGCACGUAUUCAUCUUGUAGUAUGUCUUUUUCGUUAUCCAUCUAUUAGAAAUACAAUUGAAGAAUUACAAGAACUUUUAAAUUAUUUUCAAACAAAUAUAACUGAUGAUCUUCGAACACAAAUUGAAAGUGAAUUUUGUUUAGCUAUGAGUAUAUUUACUAAUACAACAUUAUCAUUAGAAGAAAUGUGUGAUAAUAGUGAAGAACUUUUUAAUAAAUUAGUUGAUAAAUAUACAUCGAAUAAUGAUGUUCGUUUGAUUCGUAUUCUUGCUGCAGCACGUUUUAAUGCUGAAUUAUGUAAAGAUUGGAAACAAGGACAAGUUCAUACACCUAAUCUAGAACUUACACGAGAUAUAAUAACAAGAAAAACAGACAAAAAUAUCAAUGCUUAUUGGCAUAUGCGUAUAUUACAUGCUGAAACACAAAUACCACUUAAUAUAUAUGAUCGAUUACAACUUCUUUUGGAUCCUAUAUCACCAUAA